UCCUAAAUUUUUAACUUCUAUGGAGUCCUUAUCGUCCAAAAAUAAUAAGAAUAACGAUACUUUGACUAAAGCUGAAGGUACUAGUAAGGUGUCUAGUGGAUCCACGAAGGAAGGUAGUGGCACCUCUGGUCUUGUAAUGACUAAAAACACAUCAAUCUCUCAGUUUUUGAACCAAGGACAUCAAACACCUGCGAGUAGUGGAGUGAACCAGACCUUCCAUAGGUUGAGCUUGGUGUCUCCAAUGUAUGAGCAACCCAAGCCUAUUAUGCCUCAGAUUCAUUUCUCAAACCCACUUGAGAAUAAAUCUCCUUCUUUAAUCAAAUCUGAGACCAGAAGCGAUGUUAACAAAGAGACACCUCUCCCUUUGCCAGCGGAAACUCCUGUAGGAACUUUAAGAAAAACUCCGACGCCUGGUAUGGGUUCUCAAUUAGGGGCUACUCCUGCCAGAAUGACUCCUCUUGGUAAAGGAUUUGAGGCUCCUGGAGCUCCUGCUAGCCAGAGUCUACAAAAUUAUCAAAAGACCCUUAAUGAUUCGGGCUUGGACAUUAGACAGCUGAAUCAGGUUCCUUCUCUUGCUACUAACACUGGGAGGAGACCCCAAGAAGAGCCUACUCUUCAGAAUAUUGUUUCCACAGUUGAUAUGAAGUGCAAACUCGACUUAAAGACUAUCGCUCUGAAUGCUAGAAACACAGAAUACAAUCCAAAGAGAUUCGCUGCGGCCAUCAUGAAGAUUAGAAACCCUAAGACUACUGCCCUUAUUUUCUCAUCUGGAAAGAUGGUCUGCACUGGAGCGAAGUCUGAGGAGGAUUCUAAGAAAGCUGCAAAGAAAUACGCCAAAACUAUUAAGAAUAUGGGUUUUGACGUAAAAUUCACCGACUUUAAGGUCCAGAAUAUUGUUGCCUCUGCUGACGUUGGGUUCGCAAUUAGAUUAGAGAGUCUCAGCCAUAAGCAUGUUGAUUUCUGUCAGUACGAGCCUGAAAUCUUCCCUGGGCUUAUUUACAGAAUCUAUGAGCCCAAGGUCGUUGUGUUGAUCUUCGUUAGCGGAAAGAUAGUUCUUACCGGAGCAAAAACAAGAGAGCAAAUCAAAGAAGCUUACUGCAACAUCCUUCCAGCCUUGCAGAUGCACAAAAAGAAUGAGAAUAACGUUGUUUAAUUUUAUACCUAACUCACUUGUAAAGUACUCGCCUUAGUUCUUUGCCUAGUCCCUUCCUUUUAGAAUCGAGCCACUACAUUCUGACGAUUUCCCAACUGUUUCUUUCAUAUUUUGACUUUUGUUUAAUAGCUUUCCAAGCCUCGGCUAAAAAAAUCGAGAGCCUGCUUUGUUAUUGACCAUCCUUAAGAAUUUUCUUGUGUUGUUAUUAGUUGGUUAUCUCACAUUUUUCUGACCUUAGAUAUUUGUGCUAGAGGCUCUUAUCAGCAUUUUCGUUGACUCAUUUAU